AGCAGACGCUGCUAGACCGGCCGUCUGUUCCACGCGUCGGAACCUGCUUUUGGGGCAUGAGCAGAGGUCAGCACGCCGAGGCGACAAGUUUUUUAUAGAGAUUGAUGGAAGCAGAAACCAAAACUCUUCCCCUGGAAAAUGCAUCCAUCCUUUCAGAGGGCUCUCUACAGGAAGGGCACCGAUUAUGGAUUGGCAACCUGGACCCCAAAAUCACGGAAUACCACCUCCUUAAGCUCCUCCAGAAGUUCGGGAAGGUGAAGCAGUUUGACUUCCUCUUCCACAAAUCAGGUGCUUUGGAAGGACAACCUCGAGGUUACUGUUUUGUUAACUUUGAAACUAAACAGGAAGCAGAGCAAGCCAUCCAGUGUCUCAAUGGCAAACUGGCGCUGUCUAAGAAGCUGGUGGUACGAUGGGCACAUGCCCAAAUAAAGAGAUACGAUCAUAACAAGAAUGAUAAGAUUCUUCCAAUCAGCCUCGAGCCAUCCUCAAGCACUGAGCCCACGCAGUCCAACCUAAGUGUCACUGCCAAGAUAAAAGCCAUUGAAGCAAAACUCAAAAUGAUGGCAGAAAAUCCUGAUGCAGAGUACCCAGCAGCACCUGUUUAUUCCUACUUUAAACCACCAGAUAAAAAAAGGACUACUCCUUAUUCUAGAACAGCAUGGAAAUCUCGAAGAUGAUGGUUGUGAAUUACUGUAACAGCAAAAGCAUAUUAAUCUCUACACCUGACCUCUUCUGCCUUUGUAUUUUGUAUAUGUGAAUGGUACUAUCCAACAGACCACAAUCACAUGUUAGUUUGGUAACAUAAUGUUUUUGGAUGUUCUUAUGGAUGUGUCUUCUCUGAACUAUGUGUGAAAUUGAGCAGAAUCCAGAAUAAAUAGAAUUGUGUCCAAAAUUGUGAUUUGAACACUGAGUUGCUCUAGUUGGCUGGUCUGUUUGAAUUUGUAACUCCAGAAACUUUAUAUAAUGUGCCAGAGAGAAAGGCAAAUGUACAAAAUGUUAUUUAAAUCAAAACUAAAUUGAUUGACAUCAAUUUUUAAAAAAUACAGCACUUUUCUUGCACGUGUCUUUUACAACAUAAAGAAAAAGGGACAAAGAGGGGAAGUGAGAGACAGAUCUUUAAUUGUGUUUAGAAUUGCUGUUGGAGACUUUACUAUGGAACUCCCUCCAGCUGGACUAAAAAAUAGAGUUCUUGGCAAAAGAGCUGAUCCUUUGAGCAAAUGUAGUAAUCUGCUUAAGAAUUACGCUUAUUGUUUCAAAAGCCCAAUUAGGAAAACAUGGUAUAUAUCUUAAACUUGUUUGUGUCAACAAACUGUAGAAUCAAGUUUAGUAUUUUUACCACAACAGAAGUUCUGUUUGGCAACUUAACUUUUAUUCCAUAGUGAUCAUUUUUUUAAAAAUCUAAACAACCCUUCCUUCUAUAAUAACAAAAUGGUGUUACUAACACAGGACUUUUUAAAUUGCACUUACUGCAUGAGAUUGUUUUUAGCAUGAGAUUGUUCUCUUUGGAAUUACAUCGUGAUCGAUUUCAAAAAAAAUUUCUUUGAAAACUGAAAUAUUGCUACACUGGUCACUAUGAGACAUUUACUUUGUAAUAAUAAUGCGGGGAUUUGGUGGAAGAGGUUAAAUGAUCUUAUGCAGGGUGAGAGGGGAACGUGGACCAAGCACAAUUAGUGGAGCAGGCACGACUCUGGCACCAAUAUUGUAAUCACCUCGUGCUUCAUGUAGUUCAGUGAUGGUGAACCUUUUAGAGCCUUCAGUGACGCACAGCUGGCUGCCGCAUGCUUGCCAAAGGUUCGCCACCACCGAUGUAGUUUUAAAAGACUGCAUGCCUUGAAAAUGAUCCUUCAUUCAUAGGAUAUUCUCCCUAGGUAUUUUUGGCACUCUGAACCUUUAAAUACAACAGUAGAGAGUGAUACAUAAACUGACAGAUUUGGGGGUGUUUCUUCAACACAGUUUUGAUCGUUUUAGUGCCAGCCCUGACAGGCUGUUUCACUGAGCAGGACCUUUGCUCCUUUAGUAGGCAGAUCACUUUAGUAUUUACUCCAGGUGCCAUUCACAGUGAUUAGAGAGUAUUUAUCAUUACUGUUCCUGGCUUUCAUUAUAGGAACUUAGGUCUUCCUGUGAGUAUAAAUGAAGUUAAAACACUUGAAUUGAAACUUUAGCAUAGUGAGGUUUUAGAAUCCACAGAGACAUUCUUACCACUUUUCCCAAAGUGAGUCUUUUUAGCUAUCCAGAUAACACUCUCCUUUUAUUAGCUGUGUGUGUCUGUGAUGCAAGUAACUCUCUUUCCAUUUAGGGCUUAGUUUAGGAAAGUGGGAGUGCUAUCUCCCAUUUUUCUGGUGACUUCUUUGAGUAUAGAAUUCACCAUUUUAUCCUUAAGUCCUCAAAGGAGUGUGGUGGAGUAGAACUUAAUGCAAAUAGCCUUCUAUUUUUAAUAGGAAUUUAGAAAACACUUAGGACUGUAUAGAGUUGUUUUCUUUAGAAACUAUUUAUUUGUAUUUAAAGCAAUGUUUUUUUAUUUGUACC